AUGGGCUGCUUGACGUGCCCCGGUGCAGUCUACGUGGGAAACUACGAGUAUGACGCCAGCGAGCGGGAGCUGGAGAGGACCUUUGACAAGUACGGCCCCGUGGAGCGCGUAGAGUACAAGUCCGGCUUCUGCUUUGUGCACUACAAGGACAAGCGUGACGCUGAGGACGCCAUCCACGCCCUGGACGGGCGCGAGUGGGGCCGCCUGCGCCGCCGCCUGCGGGUGGAAUUCGCCAAGAACGACGCCAACGUGCGGGAGCGGGAGAAGGCACGGCGCAACAGCGCCGACCCCAACCGCACGCUGUUUGUGGCGGGGUUUGACCCGCGCGGCAUCCGCACCCGCGACAUCGAGAAGGCGUUUGAGGAGUUUGGGCGCCUGGUGCGCUGCGAGAUCAAGAAGACCUUCUCCUUUGUGGAGUUUGAGCGCAUCGAGGACGCCAAGGAAGCGUGCGAGCAGCUGCACGGCUCGCGCAUCAACGGCCGCGAGAUCACCGUGGAGUAUGACCGCGGCGGGCGGGGCGGCGGCGACGACCGCUACCGCGGCCGCUCCCGCUCCCGCAGCAUGGAGCGCCGGCGGCACAGCCCCAGCUACGACCGCAGCCGCAGCCCGCGGCCGGUGCGGCGCAGCCCCUCCCCCUUGCGCCGCAGCCCCUCCCCUGACAGGUGCUUGGCCCCAGCACGCGCGCAUAUGCUGGGUAGCUCAUCAUUCCGCCGCGCCUGCUGCAUAGCCCUGCCCCCUGCAAGCUGCCGGCCUGCUGGGCGCCCUGCUGUGGUGGCCCUGCUGUGGUUGCGCCCAGCUGCACCGACCUGCCUUGCCUGUAGGGCGCUGUGCUGA